UUGUUAUUAACUGUCAAAAAUAUCAGUCUGUCAAUCAACUCAAAAUGGUUUGGUGCAGUGUUCCUAAUUAUUGCAAUUUUUUUGCAACAAUAAGACGAUAAUAGUGAGAUAAAAUGUGAAAACGGGCACUACAUUGGGGGUUCGUUGCAGCAUGAUUGCGAUGGAGAACAACAACACGAUGACCUUUGUUUGUGCGGAAUUAUCAUCGACCAUGUUCCAGAAGCUGUACGACCAAAAGAAAUCGAAUCGAUUUUGCGAUUUGACUCUGCACGUAAACAAUAAGAUCGUAAAAGCGCACCGUAACGUACUAGCAUGCAGUUCCCCGUAUUUCGAUUCGAUCCUCAAGCAUCACAAGAUAAUUAGAGAACAGUUGAUUAUAAAAUGUUUAGAUAGCGAAAUUUUUAACACGAUUUUAAACUACAUGUACACUGGUGAGAUCACCAUAGAACACUCGAACGUAGAGGAGCUCCUCAAGCUAGCCGACCAUUUCAUCAUAACUAAAGUAAUUGAAUACUGCAUAGAGUUUCUGGGGACUAAGCUGAACCUGGACAACUGUCUGUUCACCUAUUUUCUAACGCAGCGUUUCAAGUUGAAACACUUGGGGAACAUCGUUGAGAACUGGAUAAUGAGCCACAUUGACGACGUUUGCGACGGCGAGGAAAUAAUCGGGCUGAACGUCACCGAACUGCAGGAAUUUUUCAAAAACAAAAGCUUUGUCCUUUCCACUGCAAGAGCUUUAAAUGUGCUUUCUCAAUGGGUUUUGCACAACGUUGAAAAACGCGAAUCACACUUUGAUAAGUUGGUCAGAUGUUUCCACACGAACUCGCUCGAACCUGCCGAGGUUUUCAAACAUUUGGACACCUGUAUUCUGUACAGCAAAAGCGAGCUGUGCAUGUACCGGUUUCUGGACUAUUUGCUGCAAAAUAAUUGGAUGCUGUCCAAUUUCAAGUCGAGAUAUGACAAUCUCCAUGUUAAAUACGGCCAGAUGAUUUCGUGUAAUAAAAACGAGGAAGAAGACUCAAAGUCGGACAAAAUCGUCGUGUCCGAGAAAACCGACUCAAGCUCGCUGCAGAACAGCUUCAGUUCAGUGUUAGUCAAGGCGAAAUUGCGCAACAAGAAGCAACUUAUCUUGAAAAGACUGAUGUUAUUUGGUUUAAAACCUAGUCUAAGAAUGGCAGCUUUAAAAAUGUUGACUUCGAAAAAGAAGGUUUUGCCUUUGGCCGAUUCGGGACAGGAAGAAGAAGAAGACAAUGAUGAAAAGAUGGACAUCAAAUGCCCGAUUUGUUUCACAACAAUCAAUGAUAGUCUGCUGCUAGAGCAGCAUUUGGCGUUAAGUCAUGCCAAAGAUGUGACCUACAAGUGCGGGAUUUGUUCUUUUGUGUGUCAGUACCACGGCGAUUAUUUGAACCACAUGAAGAGCCACUUUUCGGGGCCGCCCUAUAAGUGCGACUACUUUUUCUUCUGGAUAGGUGACACCACAGCUGAUCAAAUUUCCAAGCUAAUCUCCCAUCGUGCCCAACACUUGGAAGAGUCCGUUUACCAGUGCACCUUUUGCUCUUUCAAAUGCCGCCUCAAGCAAAACUUCGUCUCCCAUUUAAAAAUCCACACCCCCGAGAAGAACUUCAAAUGCGACCACUGCACAAAAUCCUUCCGUUUCAAGCAAAACCUCGAAACGCACAUGCUGACACACACCACCGACAAAAACCUAACGUGCGAAUCGUGCGGUUUCCACACGAAAUUCCUCAGCCACAUGAUCGCCCACAAACGCAUCCACGCAGUUUUUUCUCCAGGGGACAUCUACCGCUGUUCGUACCCCCAUUGUAAGUACUCAACGGCGAAAAAGAACCAAUUGGCAAGUCAUGCCAAGAGCCACAAUGGGGUCAGGCCGCAUUCGUGCGGGAUUUGCGGGAGGGGCUUCAUGGAGAAGUCGCACUUGGUGCGACACGAGCGCAUCCACUUGGAGGAGAAGCCCUUCAAGUGCUCGAACUGCGAUUACGCGAGCUCGAGGCGGGAUAAACUGAAGGAGCAUUUUACAAGACACCAUGGAGAGAACGCCUCGGCGAAGGUGCCCUACAAGGCCCGACCAAUGCGCAACAACUCCACACGGCCCAAGUCACAAGCUUCGCAGGAAGCCACCACCACUACGAAUAACAACAAUAAUAAUAACAACGUAAAUUUCACGCAAACUAAUAGUAGUAGCACUAGUAGUACAGGGACCGGAGUAACCCAACCAAUAGGCAACGAAAUACAAGACUUGAUCAUGCAUCACCAGAAUCAUUCAGCCACGUCUUCUGCUACGAAUUUAUCGGCCAUUAAUUCGAAUUAUCACCAUUUCGGCGAUCCCACCGAUUUUCAUCAUCAUAACCACGCACAUAAUAUACAUAAUCAGAUUUUGGCGUCUGGACAUAAUCAAAGAUCGGCCACACAACAUCAUAAUAACAAUAUUGUUAAUCAUCAUAUGUUGGCAAGGUCUAAUCAUUCCACGGCCACGUCCACCGCUGCUGCUGUCGCUGCUGCUAUGAUGCUUGACCCAAGGUUUCACCACAAUACUUCCGUGCCCUACCACCCAACCACAACCCCGGUCUCAAUGGCAAUGGCUGCUGUUCAAUCAUCACAACAGAUCCAAGCUUCGGGCCAACACUCCGAAUAUCCUCCUUCUCUCCAGAACUGCAUGACACUAUUCUAGUCUGAAUAAUUGUGAUUCCUAUUUUGUUAUCUAGUAUUUAAUCGGCAUUUGUUGAUGUUGUAACUUUUUUGUUGACUUAUUAGCGAAUUUCUGUUGAUUUGUUUUCAUAGUUUUUAUAUUAUUAUAAUGCACUAAAAGGUAAUAAACAGUAAUGUGUAUCGUC